GAGCUCGGCCCGCUCGCUUGGAGGGAGCCAGGCGAACUCCGGGAGCCUCCGACCCCUCGAGGGCUCGUGCCGGGGGUCGGCGGAGAGGUGGCAUGGCAAGCCCCUUCACCCCGAGGGCCGAAUGCAGCCGGGAGACGUGAGUGGUGGGCCGUGGUGCGGGCGGGUCGGAGCCUCCAUUCCGGGAGGGUAGGGCGGAGCUGAGCCGCCAACCCUCCUCCCCCGCAUGCCCCUGGCAUCGAGACCAUGGCGCCGGUGCCCAGUGGCCGAGAGCAGGGGCCGCUGCUCACCUGCGUAGUCAUGGAGUCGCCGGAGGCGAGAGCGGCCGGUCCGGUGAGUGGUCCUGUGGCCGACGGUGACAAGGAGCAGGGGGUCCGGGACAUUCGACUCAGCCCCUCCAAGCUCUUGCGCUUCUUGUCUGCGGUGACCCGGAAGCGGACCACCCCCACCUUGGAGCGGCCCCACUCCUUAGUCCUGGAGGGCAGCUCCUCUGCCUGGAGCGCCCUGGCCUCUUUCCGGAAAGGGGGUGCCGCGCUGAAGAAGCUGAGGUGCUCACUGGUGCCAGGGACCCAGGGGCGGGCCGGUCCGGGGGACGGCGCCUCCUCCGGGGGGCACGCCGAGCGCCACUCCUGCGCGGGCCCCUGGAGCGACUGGCCCCGGCCUGUGGACAGGCUGACGUCAGACCGCUCGGACCCCGAUGCCAGCGACGACAGUGACGUCGGCGAUGACACCUUUCUGAGGAGCACGCACCGCUCCCGCAGCAUCCGGCGAGCGUACGGCGUGGGCCGCAUCUCCCUGCUGGACAUCGACCCCCGCCGCCCGCAUGGCCCGGGGUCCCUGACCCCUGCCUCCCGUGACCCCCAGAGUGGCGAUGACCUCGGGCGGGACCCUGCCGGCCACUGUGGCGUCCGCAGGAGGAGCAAGAGCACUGACAAUCUCCACUUCCUGAAGAAGAGCUCCUUCAGGCGGAAGUCCGCGUCCAGCCUGGCGGAGCUCAAGGUGGCCGACGAUCAGCCGUCCCCGGCUGUGACGGUGAGUUCGGCAUUGGCCGGGCCUGGCCAAUCCCAUGAGGACCAUGAGAGGCCGUCCAGCCGCUGGAGGAGUCCCCUUGGGGUCUUGAGGCUGGUUGGCAACGUGGCUGACACCGCCCGAAAGCGGGAGGAUCCUGAGGACUCGGCCCCAGCUCCAGGGGGCGGCCCCCCGAGAGCCCGGUCCAACAGCAGGCUUCAUGACGAUUAUUCCCGCCGGGCUUCUGGCAAUUGGGAGCCUGACCGGAGGCGGGGCCCACCCGUAGCCUGGGCCUCCGGCCCUUCACUAGGAUCUCCAGGUUCGGCCAUCCCCGGUGGCCCAGAGACACGGGGCAGAAAUGGCAUGUUCCCUCCAGGGCCCAAAGAGCCCAAGGCCUCGGGGGGUGCUGCUCUGUGUGUCGCCAUCUUGUCCCCAGAAGCAAUGGGCCAAGAUCCGGGUAGUGGAAAAUUCCCCGGCAGGCCUGCUUCCCAGUCCGAGGGGCCGGCAAGCCCGCCCGGCCCCGCCCCUCCAAAGCCUCAGAGCCCCCAGAGCCCCGGCGCCUCCCCAGCCCGGGGUGGGACCCGUUUCCGGUGUCCGGACAACCUCAGCUCACUAUCGCUCAGCUCGAUGGACAGCGACGGACGGGCGGAGGCAACAGCCCCGGGGCCGGGAAGGAGCCCGGGGUCCUUCCGGGCAUCUGAGCCUCCUGGGGCCCACGAUGAUGGCAACGAGGACAGCGGCAUCAGCAGCCACUCCCAGCUCAGCCUGAACCUGGCCCCUGGCCCUGAGGAGCCCGAGGUGGUGCCUGAUGAAGGGCGGAGGAAACCCCCGGACGCGGAGAAGACGGAGGUGCCCAGGGUCGCCCGGAGAAGGGGCGGCUCGGGGAAGAGGCCCCGGCCCCUGUCAGAUUUUGGCCAGCCGGCCGGCAGGAGUUCCUCCAUCCCCGAGGAUUCCGUGGCUGUGGAGUCAGGGGAAUCAGACCGUGUAGAUGCCGGGGACCCAGAGGCAGCGGAACAACCGGCUGGGCCAGGAUGCCCGAGAGGUGUCAGGAAAAGAAGGCCCAUCUCCGUCAUCGGCGGGGUCAGCCUCUACACCGGCCACCAGGAGGAAGGAAUGAAGACUCUCCUUGCCCAGGCAGCAGCCAGGCCCCCCGUGCCCGCUCACCAGGUCCCGCCCUAUAAAGCAGUUUCCGCCAGGUUCCGGCCGCUUGCCUACUCCCAGAGCACCCCCGUCGGGCUGGACCGAGUCGGGCGCAGGCGGCAGAUGCGAGCAGCAAAUGCACAUUCCGAUGGAGGGCCCGAGUCCCCCGCCUUAGCAGACGACAACGGCAGCGAGGAGGAUUUCAGCUAUGAAGAGCUCUGCCAGCCCGGCCCCCACUACCUGCCUGCUGGCGGGGAUCAGUUGGCUCUCAAUGAGCUGCUCAGUGACGGCAGUGGGGUCUGUGCGGAGGCCCUGUGGGAUCAUGUGACCAUGGACGAGCAGGAGCUGGGCUUCAAGGCGGGAGAUGUCAUCCAGGUGCUGGAGGCGUCCAACAAGGAUUGGUGGUGGGGCAGGCACGAGGAUAAGGAGGCCUGGUUCCCGGCCAGCUUCGUCAGGCUGCGAGUGAACCAGGAAGAGCUGGUGGAGAGUGCUGGCGGUGCCCGGGGGUCAGAGCAGGACACCGAUGCUGGUCAACACCACCACAAGAGCGCGGAAAACAAGGAUCAGAUGCGGACCAACGUCGUGCAGGAGAUCGUGAACACGGAGCGGGUCUACAUCAAGCAUCUCAAAGACAUUUGUGAGGGCUACCUCCGGCAGUGUCGCAAACACCCGGGCAUGUUCACCGCCGCACAGCUGGCCACCAUUUUUGGAAACAUCGAAGACAUUUACAAGUUCCAAAGAAAGUUCUUGAAAGAUCUUGAGAAACAGUACAAUAAAGAAGACCCUCACUUGAGUGAAAUAGGAUCUUGCUUUCUUCAGCACCAAGCGGGGUUUGCUAUCUACUCUGAGUACUGCAACAACCAUCCGGGGGCCUGCGUUGAGCUGGCCAACCUGAUGAAGCAGGGCCGUUACCGGCACUUCUUCGAGGCCUGCCGCCUGCUUCAGCAGAUGAUCGACAUCGCCAUCGACGGCUUCCUCCUCACCCCCGUCCAGAAGAUCUGUAAAUACCCACUGCAGCUGGCGGAACUCCUCAAAUAUACCACGCAGGAGCACAGCGAUUUCGGCAACAUCAAGGCAGCGUAUGAAGCCAUGAAGAACGUAGCACGCUUGAUUAAUGAGCGCAAGCGCAAGCUAGAAAGUAUAGACAAGAUCGCCCGCUGGCAAGUGUCCAUCGUGGGCUGGGAGGGGCUAGACAUUCUCGACCGAAGUUCGGAGCUGAUCCACUCCGGGGAACUGACCCAAGUCAACAAGCAGGGCCGCGGCCAGCAGAGGACCUUCUUCCUGUUCGACCACCAGCUGGUGUCCUGCAGGAAGGAUCGGCUACGCAGGGACAUGCUCUACUACAAGGGCCGCACCGACACGGAUGGCACGGAGCUGGUGGACCUGGAGGAUGGCCGGGACGCGGACUCCAACGCCCAGGUCCGGCACGCCUUCAAACUCGUCAGCCGGAAGACGGGAGAGGUGCACGUGUUCUGCGCCCGGAAGCAGGAGGACAAACAGAGGUGGCUGCAGGCGUGUGCCGAGGAGCGGCGGCGUGUGCGCGAGGACCGGGAAAUCGGCGUGGAGAUUUCAGAGGCUCAGAAGAAACAGGCAAUGCUCAACGCCCAAAAGCCAGGAUCUGGGAAAACCAAAGGGCUCCAGGGCUACCGGGCGUGCUCGGUGCCCCCGCCGCACCAGAGCUACCUCCCCGUGCACCAGCGCCACAUCACCGUGCCCACCAGCAUCCCCCAGCAGCAGGUCUUUGCCCUGGCAGAGCCCAAGAGGAAACCCUCUCUCUUCUGGGACACCUUCAACAGGCUCACCCCAUUCAAGAAGUGACAGGGGCCUGGGGCUGCCCCUCUCCUGCCCCACCCGCUCACGGCAAGCCCCAGGAGAGGGCCUGGAUCUCCGUGCCGAGGCUCAUCUCAAUCCCGACUGGGGAUCCCCACAGGGAGUCAUCUGUUUCAGGGAUCGUCUUCCUUGGGGAGCCCAGCUGCCAUCCGGUGGAGCAGGAAGGCCACCCGGGUCAACUGUAACAAAAGAGGGGAACCACUAGGCCCAUCUGCCCUGAAUUGGUGGGCGAGACAGGACUGUCACAAGCUCCCCAGCACACUCUGACCCAGUGCAACCAGCAAGGCCACUGGGGGGGCCCGGUAAGAUGCUGGCCGACGCCAAACUGUCAGCUUAAAGGAGAUGUCGGAGACAUCGAACCCUUAGGGCCGUGGGUCAUUUUCACAUUUCCUGGGACCUAGGGGAAAGGUCCCUUCCCCCUCCCGAAUAGGCUUGGAGCCGGCCUGGGGGAGCGAUUCUCACAACACGCGGAAGGUCCGGACUGGAUUGCCUGGCCUCGGAUUACCCAGACUGAUUUGCCCAGACUCCUCGUGCAUAAUGAUGACUGUGGGAAGAGACAAGUGGCUUCUUUGCCGUCGUUUCCUGCUUUCCUACAGAUGUGCCAGACAGAGGUUGAAGCCCUGGCUGCCCAGCCCACCCCCUCCGGCAGGCCGAAGGGCAACCGGGGUCCCACCGCUACACGGACCCUAGGGUGGCCCAGGCACCCCCGGGGCAAGCUGAGAGGUUGCCUGACUCCACCGAACGUGUUCCACUUGACUUCACGUGGAUACGGUGCAUUCUUUGUAUACACCCGCAGCCUCUAAGUUUUCUGUCUCUGGUUCACUUCUACGUUCUGUCCAGCACAAAAACUCAAAAAAUUCUAUUUUGUAUGAUGAAAAUGUGAAUAUGUAAAAUAAGGAGAAUGUAUGGAACCCUCACAGACUGUCAACACGUCACCCCCUUAGGUGCCAGUUAGGUAAUCUCGCAGGUUUAGCGCCGGUCGCAGCCCGUAGCGAAGUUAGAAACAGUCGAUGGAGCCACGGGUUGGGGUAUGAAACUGCUUGAGCCUCACCCGUCUCCGGGCCAGCAGGCAAAAGACAACAGGUUUCUGAAAACUUCGUUCAUCCCAUAGAAUCCACAGAAAUGGGCAGGGAAUGGUCGAUUAUCUGAGACUCCUAUCCUCCCGCUUUGCUGACCCUAGGCUAGGGAACUCAUUCUGGUACUCAUCAGGAUAUAUCAUUUCACUUUUCUUCAUCUGACUCAUUUGGAUGAAAAUAUUUUUUUCCACUGGUCGAGAGGAACCAUCCUUACAGUCGCUUCUGGGGAUGCUCCAGGGAGGGGAUGGUUAGUAUUAUUAUGGUAUUUGUUAGGCGCUUACUAUAUGACAAGCACUAUUCUAAGCACGGGCGUAGAUACAAGAUAAUCAGGUUGGACACAAUCCUUGUCCCACAUGAGGCUCACAGUCUGAAUAGCAUUGAAUCCUAGGGUUUGAGUUUGUUUCCAAAAUGGCUUCUUAGUCCCUCCGGCUUCCCGAUGAAGCCCUCGUUCAGGAAUAUUCAGGUCCCAGGAUUCCCCUUCACCUGACCCCACCCUCAAGGUUGUCUCCCCCGAUCAUGUGCUGCCCCCCGGCAGGCCCACACAGUCAGGGAAUCAUUCCUUGAUGCCCCAGUGGUGCCUGAGCCCCCGCGGGCGGUGAAGAUCUACGUCCCGCGGGAACCGCGCCCACCGGCCAUCAUCAGGUUUUUCAGCUGCUCCAACAGUUGCAUUCUGAAAGUAACACAAAGUUCCUCAUCCCAAAGGUGCCCCGGCAAACCUGGAGCCAGCAGCAGAGCCAGCUUCUCUCACUGGGCGACCCUGACCCUCUCCCUCAUAGCCCGCUGUCCUCAUGGUGUCGGGGAGGCCCAGGGAAGGAAAUGGGGAUUCACGGCAGGCGACUGGGCUUCAAGGUUGCCAAGGGCUUGAAAUUCUUUUGGAAAGUGACUUGUUUGCUCAUCUUCCAACGUCUUGUCAAGCUGCCCGUCCUUGUCUGCCUGUCUGCCCUUCUUCUUCUUACUAAUAGAAUAUUUAGGAAGCACUUACCGUGUGCUAAGCACAGGGUUGGAUAGAAACCAGAUUAUCAGAUUGGACACGGUCCCUGUUCUAGACAAGGCUCACCAUCUAUUUUAUCCCCAUUUCACAGAUAAGGAAACUGAAUCCCAGAGAUAUUAAAUGAAUUGUCCAAGGCCACACACCAGGGCAGGGGGAGAACUGGGACUAGAAUCUGCGUCUCCUAACACCAGAGUCCUGGGCUCACUUCACUAGGUCAUGCUGUCUGUACUGCUCUGUAAACUUUUCUGUGGUCAGGGGACGUGUCUACCAACUCUGCUGUACUCUCCCAAGCACUUGGUAAAGUGCUCGGAACACAGUAAGCACUUAAUAAAUACCACUGAUGAUGAUGAUGAUGAUGUCUAUCCACCCUGUGCCGAUUGCAGCCCCAAAGUGAAAACCCAUCACCCAUAUUGAUCUAUGGCCCCGGAGUGCUUGAUAUACAAAAUGGUCACCAACCGAUCCUUCCCUAUUUUAUGUCUGUAAAACUAUCUGACAAUCCCCGUGGCCGUGUGUAAGCUGUUUCUCAUUGAGGAGUGCCUUCUCUCUGCCUAUAAAACCAGAUGAACCUCCGGCACGGAAGAGACGAGAACAGUCCUCUGGAUUGAUGCAUGUUGGGUCGGAACAAUGGAAACUUGAGUGCGUUACUCUCGGAAGCAGCUAUUUGUCCAAAUACUUCCAAGUGAAAUGGAUUUGCCGGUGGCGUGAGAGUGGCUUGAGGGUAGGGCGAAGUGGCCGCUCCCAGCAGCCGAGGGUGCGCCGCUACCGAACAAACUGUCGCCGGCUUAUAUUUGCCUUGUGUCCUAGCUCGGAGGUUUGGAGCUAAUAUCUCUCAAUGUUUGCGGUGUUUGUGUCAAAAAAAUGCCACUGUCUUAUGCAGUUCCAUCAUUUAGCGGUGCUCCUUUUGUAAAUGGUAGCCAACCUUUGGGGGAGCAUUUGCAUCCCACCCUGAUUCUCUGUGAUGUCCGAGCUGCGGAUGGAUGACCUGGCCUUUGUCGGUCCAAGGAUGCUGUGUAGGAAUGCUGUAGCUUGAGGCGUAUUUGUAUCAGAGCGAUUGAGUCAUCACACGAACGAUAGACUCAGUGUGUCCCACGUGGUGGGGUGACCUGCACCCCCAUUUCCUCUGUUACUUUGCUUCUGUUCAUUGACAUUAAAUCAUUUGCAAAUUGACAUGA